AGCUAAAUAUAAUCAAAGUCGAUUUCGAGGCCCGUUCCGUCUUUUAAAAAAUCGAGCGCGGUAGCCCACUCUUGUUUUUUUACUGAAUGGCUUACGAAAUCCCUGCCAUAUAUGGCCUACUGCCUCGAAAUGCCCCGUGUGCCAUGUGACGGCACAGAGAGUGAGUGAGCGAGUGCGUGCGAGUGCGGAGAGGGAGAGAGAACGAGCUCUUUUCCCCCUAUCGAUCUCGUCCGGCCAUUUGAGCUCUAUUCCCUCGGAAAAGCCUUCUGCUUGGUGCCCCCGGAGCCAGCAGCACCUCGCCCUGGAAGUGCCCCCUGGCCCCCCCUCGGCCGCAGCUCCAGGCCGGCAUCGCACCAAAAAGCCCGAUUUGCUGGGCUGUUGUUUACAAACACGGGCGCGAGGGGCGGGCGGGCGGCGCGCGUGUGCUGUCUCGGGCAUUGUGGGAGCGAGCUGCAUGUCCGUGCGCACGCGGCGGGGAGAGUGUGUCGUCGUGCCGUGUCGCCAUCUUCACCGGCUCGCAGAGUCCCCCACGAUGUCUGCUCCUGUCAGGGGCCCGGAUCAGCAUGCUUGGGCCCUGCUAGCCCUUCAGAAGUCCGCGCCAGCCUCGCCUCACCGCGUGCCGUGGUCCCCCGACAGGAAGGGAACGCCCAUUGCCAGACUGGAAGGCAAGGAAUUCGAAUACAUGGUGCGCCAGAGUCGGGUGGUCAUCGGGCGCAACUCCAGCAAGGGCGACGUGGACGUCAACAUGGGCCACAAUAGCUUUAUUUCGCGGCGCCACAUCGAGAUAUACUUCGAGACGCCCCACUUCUACAUGAUCUGCAACGGCAAGAACGGCGUGUUCGUGGACGGGGUGUUCCAGAGGAAGGGGGCGCCGCCCCUGCAGCUGCCCAGACAAUGCACACUACGCUUUCCCAGCACAAACAUUAAGAUUCAGUUCCAGUCGCUGGUAGAUGACUUAGACCCUCCACCUGCCAGGGUUCCGUCUCCCCCCAAACGCAAAAUGCAGCCACUUAAAAUUAACAUUCCUGACCAAGAAACCAAUUUCGGAUCGCCGUUCCCCUCUCCGACAGGCACGAUAAGUGCGGCCAACAGCUGCCCCACAUCGCCCCGCGGAGGCCAUGGAGGGCUCGGUGGACUCGCGGGCAACAAGCGUGUCAAUGCCGAGAACCUGGUCCAGGCGGCCUACGCUGCCAUGGAAGACAAAGGUGACAUUGCAAAUACAGUUUCAACAACUCACGAAGAGAAUCAGAUGAACUUGUCUGUGUCCAGCCAAAAUUACCACCACAAUGGCAUCCAGGCAUCCAUAGCGGACGACAGCUACUUCACGUCGCCCCAUCCGCCUGACCAGCCCCACAGUCCACCUGGUGCCAAGGAUGACUCCAAACCACCAUAUUCGUACGCUCAGCUGAUUGUCCAGGCUAUUUCUUCAGCUCCAGACAAGCAGCUGACGUUAAGUGGUAUCUAUUCAUACAUCACCAAACAUUACCCUUAUUAUCGUACUGCUGACAAGGGAUGGCAGAACUCCAUCCGGCAUAACCUGUCACUAAACAGAUACUUUGUCAAAGUGCCACGGUCUCAAGAGGAGCCGGGGAAGGGCAGCUUCUGGAAGAUAGACCCCGCGUCUGAGAGUAAACUAGUAGACCAGGCAUUUAAGCGACGGCGCCAGAGAGGUGUUCCUAUUUUCAAGACGCCCUUCACACACCUUUCCAAUAGCAGAUCUGCGCCAGCCUCUCCAUCACACAUUGGGAUGAGUGGGCUGGUUACGCCCGAGUCGCUGUCGCGAGAGGGCUCCCCGGUGCCAGAGUAUGUAGACUCGGCUACUGCCUCGCCUCUCAAUCCCCUUAACACUGCUGCGCAGUAUGAUGUAAACACCACUAGUGCGCCAUCCUCGCCACCCCAGCAUCAACAUCAACAAGGUACCACAUUGAUAGCCACAAGUGGGGUUAGUGUUCAGAAUUCCCAGCAGCUCAUGUCUGCCUUACAAGGCAAGUACCUGAUAGCCACAGCAGGAGGACCGAGUGGAGCAGGGUCCGGCAAGCAGGGAGAGCUGAAACAGAUCCAGUUGACAAGUGGAAGCCACAGUGGAGAGGGAGCCUCCUUUGCCCAGGGCCAAGUCAUUGUUCAGACGUCGGCUGACCCAAGCUCUUUCACACACACUCAGGUUAUCCUCCCUACGCAUCUCACAAAAUAUGGUAGUGGUUACGUGACGGUGAAUGGAGAGGUAAAACGAGUGAGCACAGCAACCACUGGACACACAGUGACUGGAACGAGUAAUAUGAGAAAUAGUAGUACUAGCACAGGAACUGCAGUCAUGGUAGGAACUGUGACUGCUGCCCCUCAUACCACAGAUUAUGUAGAGGAAGUAGUGGAGGCAGAGGGUGUUGUUAUGGCUGCCCCUCAAGACGAGCCUCUUUCGAAACGCCCGAGGGUGGAUGUGGACGAGUCUCCGUACGAAGAUGAAUAGAUUGUCAUUGCUAAACCACUAAACCUAGUGGGCGGUGGUGGCCAGCAAGGAAACAAAGCAGUAAUUGCUCUCAUGCCAGUUAAGUAGUGGUGGUCUCUGUGCAAGUAAAACAGGUUCAACUCAGGUGGACAGGAGCUGUAGGAUGGCUGUCUGACGCUGCGUUAGCCCGAGUUGUGUAUUUGAGAAAAGAUUUCCAACUCUCAGUUUUAAAAGAACACAUCUGUGCUGUUUUUAGUGGCACAGAAGUUUGUUUUUCUUCAGGGAUUAAUAAUAAAAAAAAAAAAGAUGUAGCCUGUUUUCUAGACAGACCAAUAAAAAGCAUCUGGUAUGGUGUAAAGACUCAAUGAUGUGCACAGUGGAUAAUAUUGUAGUGCCUGAUUUUUGCCAUAAUGUGACAACUGAUGGCAGGUAGGCCAUAUAAAAAAUAGUGGACAUCAGUUUGACAAGUUGUCUGUAAUCACAGCGAUAGAAAGGAGACUCGGCAGAACUCCAAAGCAUCUGCUGUGCCUAGGUGUAAGUGUGUCACACCGCAAGACUAAUGUCAUGUACCUGAUGGGAUUAUGGAGGUUGCAUAUGAGGCAACUUUUGCAAAUUUGUGAAGUGUCUGGAUGAGAAGUUAAUGCCCAUUAGUUACUCAGAAGUAGUUUACAGACUGUUAAGUGAUGUUUUUUGCCAAGUGCUUUUUUAAGUUCAGAAGAAAGUGACAACCAUAUUUGAUCAUGAUGACUUUGCUUGCAUGUACACAUUAUUACUUGGCUUUUCUUCAUGUAUACAAGAGAUUUCUUUUUAAUCGACUUGUUUAACAUGUAUUAAAUGUAUAAAUUGAUGAUGUGAAUGCUUUAAAAUAGAGCAUAGCCAUAUUAAAUGUCAAUAUUUAGUUAUUUUUGUGAAAGGAUUGGCCUCCCAGUCUCACUGCAGUGUAUGAUACACUGGGAUGUAUGGGAAAAUUAUUAUUUUCCCUAAUAUAGUGCAGUACAAGUUUUUAGGUGAUGUAAAGUAUUCUUUUUUGUGAAUAGUAUUAAUAUGAAAAAAUAACAAAACAAAACAAAACAGAUGAUUAUAGGGGAGUGUUCAGCAUGGGCUAUGUGGAGAAAUUAAUUGUUCAAGAAUUAAGUUGAAGAGUAGAGUUUUUUUUUACAACUUCAAGAAAUGUGUGGGAGUUGUGAAACCCUGCCAUAUAUGUACAGUAUCAGAAUGUUUAGAUCUGCUAAUAGUAGCAGAGGAUAUGUUUCCCUAUUGUAGUAUCAACUUUGUACUAAAAUGAAGAAUAGCAUAGUUUAAGUCAGAAGAACUCCCAUAUUUUUCUUUAAUGUUUGAGAGGCUACAAAUGAUGUGUAAAUGGUUAUAGUACUAUAUCUGUAUGGAGAGGGACAGUGUUAUAGUAAGAGAGCAUGUUGGAACACUUCCUUUCCUUUCAUGUACAUAAAGAGAACAAAUGUAGAACUCUAGAUUUUUUUCAGAAUUAACAUCUCAUUAAAAUGUUAGCUCCUGAAAGGGGAAAUAUUUAUUUUUUUUGAUUAUCUUCUCCUGACGAUGCUAGAUUAAUUCCAGCCUUUCACUGCGAAGGAAUUACACAGGUGUUUUUUAUUAUCCAAAAAUCAAUAGCAGGUUCUACAAAGGCCUACAAGGAAAGGUGAGUGAUUACGGUCCAAAGUCAGAGGUAAUUGUAAAUAAUCACAACCAACUAAUAAAGCUUAAUAAAAGGAGUAAACUUUGGUUUGGAAAGAAAAGGAAAAGAAUGGUUAGCUUGUUGACCUUAAAAGCUAGUUAUUUUUGUUUUUAAUUUUUGUGAGUUUACUGAGACAUGCAAACAUACGUAUUCGGGUAACUUAAAAAAGAGGAUAUUUAUUGUGUUAAGUUAAAUAGCUAAAUUGUUAAUGUUUUUUUUUUCUUCGUAUCAGAAACCUAAGACUUGUUCCUUCAGUAACAGGCAGUGUUACUUUUAUGUAUAGUAAAUAAAUUUGGUGCCCAUAAAUUAUGAAUGAAAGGAUUACUCUAAAACUUACCAAUCUUUCAUCCUUUGCCAGAAAGUGCCCCUCCCCCCCCUUUUUUUUUUCUUCUUUCUUAAAAAAUUGUGUGCACUUUUCAAGUGAGCAGAAAUUACCUAAAACAUGAAAAAUCCUGGUGGAACAUCCUCUCUCUGGCAAGGCAAGUUAUUACACAGUGAGUGUUAAAUAGGGACUACAAAAUUAUAAAUCAGGGUCCUAUAUUAAUUGUAUUGUUCUAAAUAUGUACUUAUGAAUAUAAAGUGAAUAUUUGGUUAUCAAGAGUCGAUUCAAGUAGUUGAAAAUUGUUCUGGCUCCACAACCAAUAUUUUGACAAUCUUCUGUUGUGUGUUGAAACUGUUCCUCUCAAGAAACACUCCAGUUUUUCUUGUAUUCUUUGAUGUCCUGUGAUAGAAAGAAUUAGUAUAGCCGGUUAUCAUACGUUCUUUGUGUCAUGUGACAAAUGAUUGUGAAACACAAAUUGUUUUUAUCUGUUCCCAGUUCUUUCAGUUCUUAUCCGUUAGACCAAUGCCCGUAUUUGCUUCAUGCUUUUGGUAUUUCACUUACCAAGUGUAGCCAAGUAUUGCAAUUCCUAAAUGCUAGCCAGUUUUGUCUUGCUUAUUAAUGAAUGAUAAGGUCAUUUUGUCAUCAGUCCUCAAAUUUUGUUUACAUAAGAAAAACAAAGGCAAGUAAUUGGCAGUCAGUGUAUUGAAAGGAAAUUUAAGUGUGUUUGGUUAUGUGUGCUUACAUAUAUAUAAGAAUAUAUAUUAUAAUUAUGAUUUUUUUUUCUUCUUUUUAUAAAAAUGCUGUGAAACUGUUCUUAGAUGAGGCAAUAACUUUGGAGUGCUGAUGGAGUGUGAGGAGUGUGUGCCCCAGCUUUACCCACUGUUAAGUUUUAGAAAAUAGGACUCUUGUCUUGUCUCCGCUUGGAUCUAAGCAGACGAGACCAACACUACAGUUCAACUAUCUGAAAUGUAUAUCGUGUCUUGACCCACUAGUAGUAACUUGAAAAGUAACAGAUAGUAAAAAAAAAAAAAAAAAAAAAAUUGUUUAUCUGCAUAUUUAUGGAGGAUUACAAUAGGCAGGAGGCAAAUAAACUCUAUACCAAAUGGUGGUGCCAAGCAUACCCUUGAGGUGACUAACUGUACAGUUGUUUAUUAAACUGUAAUAGAAUACUGGUCUGUCCAAGGGAAUAUUAGUUUAUUAAACAUUAAAGGGUAGUACUCUUGAUAAAUACUCAAGUUUUUUGAUGGGUUUUAAGAGGUACAAAUUCCUUUGUAAUAACUGUUAACAGUAUACUGAUUAAGUGCUAGCUGCAAGCUCAUGUAAGUACUUAGGCAGUAUUUUUGAAGACAUUUACAAUGAAGCCUACAAGGUUAAUGCAAGAUCAUCAUCUAACUUGUGUAUUUCAUGAUCAUCUGCCCAAGAAAAAAAGAAAAAAAAAAAUGAAAAGGUCAUCCAGGAUGACAACGGAUAGAGACAAAAGUCUCAGCUCCUCUUUAUUAAUGGCUUCCCCAACCUUUAAAUGCUCCUGACAUUCAGGAGUAACUUCCUACCCUCCUCCCUUCCCCUCCAUUACUUUUUGCGACCAACCCACAAACUCUACCCUGCCUUGAUAUCAUAGUGAUUCGUAUGUACAACUAAUAGAAGCAGAGUGAAAAUAAACCUAUUAACUCAGA